CUCCCCUUCGUGGACACCAAGGGCAAGAAGAAUAUGGUCAACUUCCCAAGCAUUAGCAACAAAAUCCUGCUGAAGCCACCUCUGCUGUAUCAGGAGACUCAAACUCACAAUCAGAUGCCAUCCUCUGAGCUCCAGGUUUCAGAAAUGCCUCUCCACUCUAGCAUUAAAAUCCGGCACCCCAAGUCGGAGGAGAAGCCACCAAGGAAGCACAAGGUGCCUCUGACGGCGGCAGAGGCUCUCAAGGUUUUUAGGAAACAGCUGUCUGCUUACGAGCAAAGCGAAAUCCUGGGCUACACAGAGAUAUGGUUCCUGGGGCUUGACGCCCAGAAGCUCAACGUGGCUGCUGAGAAGUUCAGCAAGACAAGUUUCGAUGAUGAACAUGGCUCCUAUAUGAAGGUCCUGCAUGACCACAUUGCCUACCGCUACGAGGUCCUGGAGAUGAUCGGGAAAGGGUCCUUUGGACAGGUGGCCAAGUGCUUGGAUCACAAAAACAAUGAGUUGGUGGCCCUGAAAAUCAUCAGGAACAAGAAGAGGUUUCACCACCAGGCCCUGGUGGAGCUGAAGAUCCUGGAAGCUCUCAGAAGGAAGGACAAAGACAAUGUGUACAACGUGGUGCACAUGAAGGACUUCUUCUACUUCCGCAAUCACCUCUGCAUCACCUUCGAACUCCUGGGAAUCAACUUGUAUGAGUUGAUGAAGAAUAACAGCUUUCAAGGCUUCAGUCUUUCCAUAGUUCGGCGUUUCACCCUCUCUGUUUUGAAGUGCUUGCAAAUGCUUUAUGUAGAGAAAAUCAUUCACUGUGAUCUCAAGCCUGAAAAUAUAGUGAUACACCAAAAGGGCCAAGUCUCUGUUAAAGUCAUUGACUUUGGAUCAAGUUGUUAUGAACACCAGAAAGUAUACACCUACAUCCAAAGCCGGUUCUACCGAUCCCCAGAGGUGAUCCUGGGCCACCCCUACAACAUGGCGAUCGACAUGUGGAGCCUGGGCUGCAUCAUGGCGGAGUUGUACAUGGGCUGCCCUCUGUUCCCUGGGGAGAACGAGGUGGAGCAGCUGGCCUGCAUCAUGGAGGUGCUGGGCCUGCCGCCAGCCGGCUUCAUUCAGAUGGCCUCCAGGAGACAGACGUUCUUUGGUAAGUCCUCAGGCCUAACUCUCUUCCGUACUGUGUCUAAUGAGGCAUCACAGGCCUUGAAGACACCUCCCGUGUCCUAA